AUGAUAGACGAAAUUACAAAAAGUUUAUUUCCCUAUGAUGCGAAAUUCUUUAAAGGUAUUUUCGAUAAAUAUAUGAAAGAAGAAGAUUAUAGCAAAGAUUUGAAAUGCUUACAAAAUACUCGAAAGUUAAUAGAAGAAAUAAUUAGUAAAGAAAAUGGAUUAAAUUUUUAUAUAGAUGAAAAUUAUGAUGAAAAUUUUUUAAAGAAAUGCAAGUUACCAUAUUUUAAAAAAUUGUUAAAAUAUAUGAAAUAUAUAGAAGAUCUUAAAGAAAAUGAAGUUAAGAACAAAAAUGUUGAUAAUGAAAAUAUGAUAGAUGAUGAUGAUGAUAAAGAAGCAGAUAUACAAAAGGAAAAGAAAACACCAAAAAAAAAUAUAUGUGAUUAUUUUAUAUUUAAUAAAAAAAUCAAUGUGAUAAAUAAUUAUAGGAUACAUUAUUAUUGUUCAAAUAUUAUUCAAUCGAUACCUUCUCUUACAUAUUUAUCUGUUAUAAAAAUAUAUUUACAAAAUUAUCCAUUAAAAAUAUUCUUAACCUGUAUAUAUUUUUACACGUUUGUGACAUACGUAUGUGAUAGAGACAACGUUAUAGAUUUUUUGGAGGCCCUAUUUUUUUCUUUAAUGGUAACCAUUGGAUGCAUAUGCCUUACUAUUGUGCAUUAUAUAAAAGAAAACAGAAUUAACUCUAUAACAUCCAAAUUUAAUCAUAUUAGAAAAAAUUAUAUAUGCCGUAAUUUUAUUAAACAUAAUGUAAAAAAGAAAAAAAUGUUAAUGGACAAAUUUGAAAGCAAAAAAACUAUGGAGAUAAAAAAAUAUUCCAAAUACUUUUUUUUGAAGAGCUUCCUAAAUAGAGUUAAUUCAGAACUAUAUGAUUAUGAACAUUUCAAAGAUACAUCAGACAUGGAUUAUAUACCUUUUGAAGUAAAUGAAAAUAAUUUUAAUUUUGACUCUGAUAAUUUAAACAAUGAUGAAUUAGAAAAAGAGAACAAAUAUAAAAUAAAUGACAAUAAUGAUAUGGAAGAUAAUGAAGAUUUUGAAAUAAAAAAUAUAAAAAUGAAAGAUAAAAAUGAUAUAUUUGAAGAAUAUAAAGGAAACAAGGUAAAUGUAGAAAAAAUAUUUUUGGAUAAGGAAAAGAAUAAUAAUAAAAUGAACGAAAAUAUAAAUGAUAAGGAAAAUAUUAACGAUAAAGAAAAUAUUAACGAUAAAGAAAAUAUUAAUGAUAAACAAAAUAUUAACGAUAAAGAAAAUAUUAACGAUAAAGAAAAUACAUAUAAAUCAAGAAAUAGUAUAAAUAAUAAUAAUGUAAAUAUUAAUAAUGUAAAUAUUAAUAAUGUAAAUAUUAAUAAUCGUAUUAAAAUGAAUGAUAGUGAAAAUGUAUUAUCAAAUAAUGUAGAUAAAGAUACAUUAAAUAAAGAAUCAAAUAUUAUCAUAUUUAUUGAUGAAAAGAAAAAAAACGAUUUAUUAAAUUAUAUAUAUUUUGAAAAUAACAUUUAUUAUAUUAAUGGAAAAAAUCUUCUUGUUGGAGAUAUUGUAUAUUUAUUUAAAGGUGACAUAAUACCAGCAGAUGGUAUAUUAUUAAAAGGUAAUAAUAUGAUAGUAGAUGAAUCUAAUUUGACUAAUAGUCUUGAGAAGAAGAAGAAAAAAAAAAUAAGUUUAGAUGAAUAUACAUAUGAGAUGGAAAAAAUGAAAAAGAAAAAUAUAAGUGUUGAUGAAUUAAAAAAAAAAACAAAAAUGAAUUAUUUUGAAAUGUUAAAUUUAAAAGUAAAGAUGAAAAUAAAAAAGUUCAGUGAAGACAUUAAUAUAAAAAAAAAUUCUAAUAUAGGAAAGAAUAAUGAUACAUAUAUAAUGAAUGAUAUAGAAAAUAAUGAAAAUGUGAAAAAAUGUGAUGAUCUAAUAUUUGAUUCAAAAAAGAUAUUUGAUAAGACGACUCAAGAUGAAAAAAUAAAUAACAUAACAGUACAUAAUAAUAGUAAUAAUAAUAAUAAUAAUAGUAAUAAAAAUAAUUGUUGUGGGUAUGAUAAUAAUGAAUUAUAUGAAAAAUAUGAUGAUGUGUGUCCACUUUUAUUAUCAGAAUCUUCUAUUAUUGAAGGUAGUGGUAUUAUGAUUACAACAUGUGUUGGUAAAUAUAAACAAAUGUUUUAUUAUAAUUGUAUAAAAAAAAUAGAGAGUAGCACUAGAAUAGAGAAUUUAAUAAAUAGAUACUCAAAAAAUAUGGUAAUAUUAAUUAUAUUUUGUUGUUCUAUAUGUAUCCUUUUUAUCUUUAUUCAUUUUUUAAUUAAUUUAAUUGAGAAUGAUAUGCAGACAUUUGCAUAUAAUUUAUUAAUGUUUUUAUUAAAUACAAUAAUAUUAGAAAUCUUGAAAUAUUUGUUGUUAUCAAUUGAUCAAAUGCCUUUAUUAUUACAAAAUUGUUUAGCUUUAUAUUCUAGUAAAAUAUUGAAAGAGAAUUUUAUAAUAAAUACAAAAAAUACAUUUGAAAAUAUUCUUUUUUCUAAUACAAUAUUUAUUGAUAUGAAUAGAUAUAUGAAAUAUAAAUGUGUAUAUUUUUUUUUUAAUACACAGUAUACCUAUUCAUUUGUUAACAAACAUUUUUUAUAUAACCCUUUGAGAAAUCAUACUCCUUCUUUCAAAAUAUUUAAUAGAGAUAAUGAUAAACAAAUAAUGAAUACUUUAUGUUUUCAUUUAUUAAUUGAGUGUAUACUUACAACUAGUAAUAUGUAUCAAUAUAAUGAAUAUUUUUUAGAUAUAGAUAUGUGUUUAAUAAAAUUUAUGAAGAAUUUUCAAAUAAAUGUCGAAAAUUAUUUUGUUAAGCGUCACAAUAUAAUACACUUUAAGUGUGUUAAAGAGAAGGCUGUUUUUGCCUUUGUUCUUUUAAAUGAAGAAAAGAAAAAAAAUUUAUAUAUAAAAAAAAAUAAAGUAAAAGCUGAACAACAAAAAGGUAAUGAUAUUGAAAGGAAAGAAAGUGAGGGUAAAAUUAUGCGAAUAUUUAUCAAGGGUCCUGUUGAUUAUAUUUUACCUAAAUGUAAAGAAUAUUUAGAUGGAGAUACACAGAUGGGAGAUAUUGAAAAGUUAAAGGAAAAAGUUCAAAAUAUAAAAGAUAGUGAAUUACAUAUAAUAAUUUGUUUUGCUUACAAAGAUGUGAGAAUAAAUGAAAAUAAUAUAGAAGACAACUUAUAUAUAAAGAAAAAAAAUAAUGAAUAUAAGAUUGAGAAUAAAGAAAUAAAUGAUAAUAAUUAUACUUGUAUUAGCAUAUUAGUAUUAGAGAAAUAUCUAAGUAAAUAUUUAUAUUUUGAUUAUUCAAUAUUAGAAGCUAAUAAUUUGAAUGCUAAAUUUUUUACAAAGAAUAAUUUGGAAAGUACAAAUAAAUUAUUUCAUAAUUUUGGAAAACAUAUAGAAAGGAUAAAAGCAUAUGAUGCUAGAAAAAUAAAUGAAAUGAAUAAGUCUGAUUUAAGUUUUGAUGAUAAUGAGAUGAUAAAUGAUUUUAAUAAGAAAGAAGGAAAAGAAAAGGAUAAUGAUGUAAGGAAGAAAAAAAAAGAACAAAAAGAAGAUAACCAUUCUGAUGAUGAUAUUAUAUAUUUAAAAAAUGAAUUGAAUGAAACUAAUUUAAAGGAAUAUAAUAAUAUAGAAAGUUAUGAAUUAAAGAAUGAUAAAAAUGAAAUAUCAAAAAAAAAAAAUAAAUUGAAAAGUGAAAUAUGGAAUUUAAGAAAAUAUGAUGAAAGUAGUACUACCAAUUUGUAUAAUGAUAGAUAUACACAAGAAAAUGAAUGUAAUGAAAUGAGAAGAAAGCAAUAUAAUUUUUUAUUAAGUCAUAAUAUAUUUUAUAAUUGUCAUAAAAAUGAAUUAGAAUGUUUAUUAAGUACAUGUAAUAUGUAUGGUAAGAACACGGUCAUAAUAAAUGAUGACAAGUAUAUAUCACCAGAAAAUAACAACAAAAAUAACAAAUAUAAUAACAAUAAUAAUAAUAAUAAUAAUAAUAAUAAUAAUAAUAAUAGUAGUUGUUGUAGUUGUAGUAAUAUAUAUAAAUAUUGUAAUAUAUUAAUAUGUAAUAAUAAAUGUAGAAAUGAUAUUAAAGAAAAAUGUGAUAUAAUUAUAUUUAAUAAAAGUUUAUAUGAUUAUAUAAAAUUAAAAUAUAUAUCCAAUUGUAUUUUGAUGAAUAUAAAAUUAUAUAUUGAAUAUAAUAUAAUAUUUUAUAUAUCACUUGUAUUAUUUUCAAUAAUAUCUACUUUAGUAAAUGGAUUAGAAUUUCUAAGCACAGUUCAAAUAUUAUAUAUAUAUAUAAUAAAAAAUAUAUUUUUUCAUUAUAUUUCUUGUUAUAGAAAAUGUAAUUAUAGUGUAGGUGGUCAUGAUCCAAAUAAUAAAUAUUCUUAUAAUUUUUUUGAAGAAAAAGAUAUCAAUAAUAUUAUAUCUUCUAUAUUAUCUAAAAUCAUAAUUUUAUUAGUUGUAUUUUUAUUUGGUCAUUUAUUUAUACCAGAAAAUAAAUGGAUCUUUAUAACUGAUGAAAUAAGAGAGACAUUUGAAUUUUCAGAAUUUUCAUUUUUUACAGAUAGACAACAAUCUAAUUUUUUUCAUACAAUUAGAUCUAGUUUAAGGUUUAAAAAAAAUUUAGAAAAUCUUAAAAUUCAAAAUAAUAUUGAUAUUAAAAAUGACUAUAGAACAUUGAAUGAAUGGGAAUUUCAUAUAAGUCCUAGUAGACAUGGUACCAUCAUAUUUAAUGUCUUUUUUUUGUUAUUUUUCUUUUCAUAUAUUUAUUUAUAUAUAAAAACAUUUUCUAAAGAGUUCCAAAAUUAUUCUGAACAAUUUAAAGUUAAGAAGUAUAAUUAUUUAUAUUUUAUAAAAAAAAAAAAUCAUCAAUCUUAUGUAGCCAAAGAACUUUUGAAAAGACUCAUCGAUGAUAUAAACAAAAAUAUUGUAACUACAGAUGAUAAAAUAAAUAUAAAUAAAGAACAUAAUAAAAUAAAUAAUAAUAAUAAUAAUAAUAAUAAGAAUGAUAAUAAUGAUAACAACAUAUACAAAGAAACAAAUUACAAAACUAAACAAGAAUCUAAAAUAUUAAGAAAAAUUUCUACUUCUUUAUAUAAUAUAAAAAAUGAAAUAAAUAAAAAACGUGAAAUCAUAAAUAAUUCUAUAUUUAUGGAAAGUAUUUUAGAGAAUUAUAAAAUAUUUUUUCUAUUUUUAUUUAUUAUGAUUAUUCAUAUUUUUGCUAUUCAAUAUGGAUCCUUUUUUUUUCAUUUUCAUGUAAAUGGAUUGACUCUUAUUCAAUGGGUCUUUUCCAUAUUCUGUUGUCUUUUAGAUUUCUUUAUUUAUACCCUUAUAUCUUACUUUGGCUUUUUUCAAGUAUCCUCUGAUUUUUUUAAGAUGUUUCAAUAUUUAUAUGAACCUAGGGAAAAAAAUAUAUUCGAUUCCUUGAAUGAAUAUAGAAAAAGUUCUACUUCACACAGAUACAAAUAUGACCUCAAGGAGACGAGAAAAAGCUGGGUAUAA